UGCUGCGUUCAUCAACAGUCUCCACACAAUUCAAUUUGCUUCCUCAAGCACAUUACCAGCCUCCAAACAGCAUGACCAAGUUCUUCGGAUUCGUCGCCGCCGUCGCUGCUUUCGGUGUGGCCUCCGUCGCUUCCGAAAGAAGCGCGACCGUGGCGGAUACAUGCGUGAUCGUUGAUUUCGAGACCGCGACGUCCGACUUCACGGCGCUCAACAACAUCGUGGCUAUUAUCAAGUCGUCACCAUCGCUGCUGAGCUCGUACCUCAGUGACCCGCUGACUAUCGAGGACCAGACCCUGACGGAGCAGGAUUUCUCCUUCCUCGGCUACACCUUCACGGUCACGCCCACCAUCAACUCAUUGAACGUGUCGGGCCUCACCACGCUCUCACCCAAGCAGAUCAACGUCACUGGAUCGGACACACUCGAUAUCGGCACGGAUUUCACCGGUACUGUAUCCGUGGACGCCACGUUCUCCGUGGAGAUUGCCCAGCCUAACCACAAAUGGUACCAGAUCUGCUGGGUUGAUCUACUGCACCCGCUAGUGUGUGACUCGGUGACUUACACUGUCGAUGUCGCGCUUGCACUAAAGGAACCUGAGAUCGUUACCAGUGCCCAGGUGGACAUGUACCAGUGUGCAGAAGGCAUCUCAACGUCGGUAUGCUCAAACCUGACUGUGACCAGUAUCCUCGUGUCCGUCCUGAGUGGCAGCGACUUGUCAACGAUCGAGCAGGAGGUUCUGCUUCGAAUGAAGAGCGCGUCUCUGACUGCACUGACUCUCGGCUGGGACUCGAUCACCAAUAUCGACUUCGUCUUCCACCAGACUGGCACGUUCAUCACGCAGAUUAUCAACAACUUAUUGGACUUCUCCGCUGCGGAAAUCAACAAGAAGGGCGACUACUACACAGUGUUUAUCGAUGUGCUGGAUAAGCUGCUGCUGUCGCUGCUCAACAACCUCAUCACUAACGACUUGGAGCCACAAUUCGGCCCAACGUGCCUCGAAUCGUAGGUUAUUGAGCUGUACUUGGUCUAUUUCCAUUGCAUCAGGUACACGCGUGAACAUGACAACUUUCUGCCAUUUCUGGUAUCUUAUUUUUGGUUAGCC